AUGGCGCAUAACGGAGGCUUUGGCGCUUCCUAUCAACCUCCUGGAGCCCCCGCAUCCGCAUCGAGACCACCUUUGAGCCAUCGCAUUUCCAACCUGACCGAGGUCAGCGACUUGGACACCUACCAGCAGCAGCACGAAGGCCCCUCGAGCCCACUCCGCGGGAGGGGUUCCCUUGCCUCCUUCCAGUCUCACUUGCACUCGGAUCAUACUUCACCGUCACCGCACGAAUCGGACGAACCCCCACGCCGCAUAUCGAGGGCUUCAUCAUGGUCCGGCUCAUUUGCCUAUACUGGCGCUGCCGGAUACGACACUGUUCCUGCCGCUGUCGAUGAUCUGUCGAGAACAUCAUCCAAGGCCAGCCGCAAUUUCCGCCGCCCGUCUCUCCUGCGCUCUCACAACCCCAUUCCCGAGGAGGAGCAUGACCUGUCGCUCCUGCAUUCUGCUGCACCCAUCAGCCAGUCCCAUUUCGAGUCGGUCUCGGAAGACGAACCCGUUUUUGAUGUAACCGCCACCCUGGGCCCCAUGGGGUUCCAAGAUGACGGCUUUCUCAAGAAGUUGCAGGAGCAGGAGGCCAGCGGUCACCUCACGGGUGGCCUCGGAGCCGGUUUCAAGCCAGACACCACGAUCAAGGGGGAUGAGCUCUUGUUAUCGCCCACUGGCCGCAAAGGGUCACUGACGCGGUCCUUCACCCGCCGUGGGAAGCUCAGUCGCACUGCGACGCUCAAGGCUUUCGGCCAAGAUGAAGCAAAUAAGAGAGGCGAGGUCAUCGAGGUCAUUAUCGAGGAGCCAAAACCCAAACAUGCGGACCAGGUUGAUCUCAGCGUCAUGGCCGGGCCAGAUCUCGGUGACGACGGUGGCAAUAUGCGCCAGGCUACGUUCCCCUCCACCAAGGGCCAGAAGACACAAGUAUUCUACCCACAUCCUAAUUGGAAGCCAUUCUCAAUGAGAUGGCCUUACCUUGUCGCUCUGAUCGCUUUAUCGAUUGCGCUCGCCAUCAUGGUAGAGUUGCUCUACCAAAGAUCGCGCCAUGAUCCGCUUCUCAAAUUCCGAUCCCCGGCUGAUGUCCCCGGGGAGCAGUACUUCGCUGUCAAGUUCCUUCCAACAAUGCUUUCCGUCACCUACGGUGUCUUGUGGCAGAUUACCGACUUUGAGGUCAAACGCCUGGAGGCUUAUUACCAGCUCUCAAAGGAUGGCGGCGCACUUGCGGCCGAGUCCAUCAACGUUGACUAUGUCACGAGCCUAAGCUGGUUGCGGCCGUUUCGAGCGUUGAAACUGCGACAUUACGCCGUUGCUGUCUCGUCCAUAUCAACGUCUUUGGCCGUUUCUCUGGUGCCGACAUUCGGCGCAGCGGCGUUCGUUCUAUACCCUGAUCGAGCCACACGUCUUGCGCACCCUGACCAAGAGAAGGUCAUCCGCCUUCAUGCAAUUUGGUCUCGGCUCCUCUCCUCUACCCUGUGCAUCUGCGCGUUUUUCGGCAUCGUUCUGCUAUACAUCCUCCAGAGACGGAGAUCUGGCCUUCUAGCCGAUGUCAAGGGCAUCGCAGGUCUUGCUUCAAUGGCUGUAGUGAGCCAUAUUCUGGUAGAUUUUGCGGACCUAGACGUCGUCAGUCAUAGCGACAUCCAUGCCAAGCUGAAGCACCGCCGAUAUAUCCUUCGCAACGCGUCCCUGGCCCCAGACGAUGAGAACCCCUUCUCUUCGCAAGAAAAGGACCAGUUCCGCGAGCACUACCUCUCAGAGAACCCGCAUCCGCGCAUGCUGCGUCUCGACGGCUACCUGCCGUACGUGAUCGGCCUCGUUCUCUUCUUGGCCUUCAUUCCUGUCUUUCUCUUCUCCGACGCGAGUAUCAUCACCACCAAGGCGCCCUGGGUUGUAACCGCUCUGGCCGUUUGCAUCAAGCUAGGCUGGGGCGGCUUAGAAACGGACAUGCGGAUGAUGGAACCCUACUACAUCCUGUCAAAACGGCAUUCUUCGUCAAGGACGCUUACCUUGGAUUACACCGCCAUGCCGUUCGGUUAUAUGCCUUUCCAGGCGUUCCUCAACGGCCAUGUCCUGAUGUUCCUCGUCGGGUUCGGGACCAUGAUGACCGAGCUCUUGACGGUGCUGCUGACCAGUCUGGCAACAGUGGUGGGCACCGAGUUCCUCGACGCCGCCUUCAAGCCGCCCGAGGUACACCACGGUUCUGAUUUCGGCGGGAUCAACGCCGGCCAGGAGACCGUAUCUUCCUUUUGGAUCUCGUAUGGUCUGGCCACUUUCAUCCUGGUGUACAUGGGCACGGUGGCAACGAUUGUGUUUCUUCGGAGACGACACCCGUUCCUGCCGCGACAGCCCAACACCAUCUCGUCGCACUUGGCCUUCAUCCACCAGAGCAAGAUGAUUUAUGAUUUCGUCGGCACUUCGAAGCUGAGCAACGCGGGCAUGGUGCGCCACCUCGAGGGCCUGGGCAAGACGUACGGUCUGGGUUGGUUCGAGGGCCGUGACGGGCAGACGCACUGCGGUGUUGAUCAGGAGGAGCUGGUCGGGUGCUAUAAGCACGGGAUGGAUUUCCAAGGCACGAACAAGCCGUGGAACCAGCAGUGGGACCAGUAUGAGUGA